CAGUGGAGUGCGAUGGGAGCACCCUGGGGUGCAUCCUGCGGUGGCUGUUGUUGGGAAGUCCUGGGCCACACUGUCCCCAGCUCCGAGCCACAGGCCCCUCUGGCCAGCAGCCCCACCCCAUCUCCUUGGGACCAGGCACCUCCACGUCACCCUCACCCUGCACCCAUGGGCCCAGCACCGCGUCAGGCCCUGAGCACCCACUGAGGGCUAGGGCUGCCCCCAGCCCCCCAACCCCACCAAGGUUGGUGCCAGAGGCCCUGGGGCUCAGCACCCCCCACAGUUGGGGACCCCCGGGGUCCUGCACCCUCCCAGCCCCCACGGGGGCCACCGCAGGGCUCUGGCCCUGCAGCGCAGGUGGGACGUGACCUGGUGCUGCUUUCAGCCCGGCCAUUCUUAGCCUCUGCCCUUUCCCUGCUGUAACACAACCGGCGGCGGGCGCGCGUGGCCCCGGGAUGCCCUGUCCUAGCACCCGGUCCAGCCGGUUUGGGGUGACGCACUGCGGCCAAGCAGGUCGGGCGCUGCAGGGCUGGGUGCGGGCAGGCAGGGUGGCCAACCCCCCUGCCCCCCCGAGGGGAUGGGGGUGCCGUGGGGUGCUGCAAGUCCCCCCUUAGGGUACCCCCACAAAAGAACAGCCUGCGGGGAGCUGGGGGGGUGCUGCCUCCAUUACUCGGUGUCCUGGUGACACUGGUCAACCUGAGCUGGUUUCCGGCUGCCAGGCAGCACCCCGGGCACGGGGAUGUGGUCAUGGCAGGGGAUGAAGCUGGUAACGUCACCAUGCGUCACCCGGCAUGGGGAAGCCCUCACCGCAGCCGGAUGCGCAGGUGGCUGCCGGGAGCCAGCCUGAAGUGCUCCUGCGCCUCGACCACGGCAGCAUGUCAGCAGAGAAGUUCAAGCACCACAAAAUCAUCUUCGUGGUGGGUGGCCCCGGCUCAGGGAAGGGGACCCAGUGUGAGAAGAUCGUGCAGAAGUAUGGCUACACCCACCUCUCCACGGGGGACCUGCUGCGGGCGGAGGUCAGCUCAGGCUCAGAGCGGGGCAAGAAGCUCCAGGCCAUCAUGGAGAAGGGCGAGCUGGUGCCCCUGGACACAGUGCUAGACAUGCUGCGGGACGCCAUGGUGGCCAAAGCAGACGUGUCCAAGGGCUUCCUCAUCGAUGGCUACCCCCGCGAGGUGAAGCAGGGAGAGGAGUUUGAGAAGAAGAUCGCCCCCCCCACACUGCUGCUCUAUGUGGAUGCGGGGAAGGAGACGAUGGUGAAACGCCUGCUGAAGCGAGGCGAGACCAGCGGGCGGGUGGAUGACAACGAGGAGACCAUCAAGAAGCGUUUGGAUACCUACUACAAGGCCACCGAGCCUGUCAUUGCCUUCUACAAGAGCAGAGGCAUCGUCCGCCAGUCGCGAUCUCUCUGCCCAUGGCCAAAAUCCAUCCCUGGAAGAGCUCCGGUCGCGCCGUCCUCUGGGGCGAGCCCCCCAGCUAACCCCUCCGCACCCAGCUCAACGCCGAGGGCUCUGUGGAGGAGGUUUUCCAGCAGGUCUGCUCCCACCUCGACAGCCUGUAGCCGAACCCCCAGCCCCACUCCCCGCCUCCGGCAGAGACAGCGGAAGCGGCUUUAUCCUGUUUUCGUGGACGGAGCCGCACGGAGGAAAUUUCAAGGACAUUGUGUUUGGCUCUUUCCCGUCUCUCCCCAGUAAAGUUCACUUUAAUGA